AUGUGUAACAACCCUGGAUCUCCCAAAUGGCUAUUCAUUCUGUUCCUAGUUAUACACAGGAGACUCUAUACCAAGGACAGACUGAUUCGUUGGGGGAUGCAAAUUUGCCCUAAGUGUCCAUUGUGUGAAAAUGAACCUGAAUGUAUUGACCACUUGUUUUUUCAAUGCUCAGUGACUACAGUAGUCUGGAGUAAGAUACUCCAAUGGCAGGGCAUUAGGAGGACUGCUAGAUCAUGGUCCGAAGAACUACAGUGGUGUGAAAUGAUGAACACAGGCAAAGGGAGUGAUGCUACUAUAUAUAGGAUGUCUCUAGCUGCAACUGUUUAUGAGCUAUGGCUGAAGAGAAACCAUAAAGCAUUUCAAAGCAAAAGAAGAAGUGAGGUAGCAAUUGUGAAGAAGAUUAGUCAAGAAGUAUUUGUACGAGUAAGCAUGUGUGCUAAGCUACAACAGUGCAUGACUAGGCUCAAUUCGUAUCCUGUUUAG